GGGCGCAAAGGGGUGCGUGCCAUGCAGCCCCCGACUACCAACAAGGGCUUCCGGGGUAGAGGGGAGCAGUGGUGUGGAAGUGGUUGCCUGCGGCGCUGUUGCCGAAGGAAAUGACGUCGUUGAUAGGCGCCUCCCGCGGCCUACCCAGCUGCUUCCUGGUUCGCCAGCAGCAGCUUAAUCCCGCCUCUGAAAUGCGUUCGCUGGCUGGGAGCGUAGAAGGGAGAGUGGGCGAGGCUCCGCCCCUGUGGUUGUGUGCUCUUCGUCGGCGUGUGUUUUGGGGUUGCCAUCGGCCCGUAGUAUGUUAAAAGUGAGUUUGCAAAGAAUGAGAGGGAAAUCUGUACUCUAAAGGGCCGGAAAGCGUGUUAUGACCCUGCCACUUCGUGGCCAGAGACCGUGGGCGUUACCUCUUUAAAGUUGUUUUUCAGAGGCACCAAAUAAUGUCAUCUGAAAUGUUGCCAGCAUUUAUUGAAACGUCUAAUGUUGACAAAAAGCAAGGCAUAAAUGAACAUCAAGAGGAAAGCCAGAAGCCAAGAUUAGGUGAAGGGUGUGAACCAAUAUCUAAACGACAAAUGAAAAAACUAAUAAAACAGAAACAAUGGGAAGAGCAACGGGAACUCCGCAAACAAAAGCGGAAAGAAAAACGCAAGAGGAAAAAAUUGGAGCGACAAUGUCAAAUGGAAUCAAACUCAGAUGGAAAUGACAGAAAACGUGUUCGAAGAGAUGUUGUUCAUAGCACCCUUCGCCUUAUUAUUGACUGUAGUUUUGAUGACUUGAUGGUAUUAAAGGACAUUAAGAAACUUCAUAAGCAGAUUCAACGAUGUUACGCAGAAAACCGACGGGCACUGCAUCCUGUGCAGUUUUACUUGACAAGCCAUGGAGGCCAGCUGAAAAAGAACAUGGAUGAAAAUGACAAAGGAUGGGUCAACUGGAAGGAUAUCCAUAUCAAACCAGAGCACUAUAGUGAACUCAUAAAAAAAGAAGACCUGAUUUAUCUUACAUCAGAUUCACCUAAUAUACUGAAGGAAUUAGAUGAAUCAAAGGCCUAUGUGAUUGGAGGAUUAGUAGAUCACAACCAUCACAAGGGACUCACAUAUAAACAAGCAUCAGAUUAUGGAAUCAAUCAUGCACAGCUCCCGCUUGGAAAUUUUGUGAAGAUGAAUAGUCGAAAAGUUUUGGCAGUUAAUCAUGUGUUUGAGAUUAUUCUGGAAUACCUGGAAACAAGAGACUGGCAAGAAGCAUUUUUUACUAUCUUGCCCCAGCGGAAAGGAGCUGUUCCCACAGACAAAACCUGUGAAAGUGCUUCUCAUGACAGUCAGUCUGUCAGGAUGGAGGAGUGUGGAUCGGACAGUGAUUCCAGUGAGGAGGAAGAUAGCAGAAAUGAACUAGAUUCACCACGUGAAGAAAAGCAGGAUAAGGAAAAUCACACUGAAUCUACAGGGAACUCUCUGCCACACUAAUGUUACCUGGUUUCCUUUUAGUUUAAGGAAAAAUUAGGAGAAAGCGAGGUGCUGUAUAGAAUAUUGAAAUUGGAAGAACACUUUAUUUUCUGUUAUUUCUGUUGUGAAUUUUAAAAACAUUUUUUUGGACCUAAAUAAUAAUAAAAAAGCCCUUUAAACUUUGUAAGAAAAUAUUUUUGAUUUAGAAUAAGAAGAUUUAAAUGUGUAUUUUUUUUGUUUCUUUUUAAAGCCUCAAAUAGUAGUUUCUAGAUAAUUUUACUUUAUUAAUAUAUUUUCAUAUUCUUUAGAAUGUGCCUUCUGACCUUUCAGUUUUUUAAUUUUAUAGUCACAUCAACAUCUUUAUGAUCUAUUGCCUACGUAUCUGUGAGGGCACAUAUUCAUAAAUAUACUGUCAAUCUAUCAGAAUGUUGUAUAUGGUAGGUUACCCUCUCUUUGUAGCUUUUAUGUUUAACUUAGUUACUUGAAAGAAAUUUAGUAAUUUUAGGAAGAAGUAUUAGUUUGAUAGACUUCAUUUCUUUUGGACUAUGGAGCGCAUAUCUGUUCCUUCUUUGUGAUGCCUUUUUAUGGUUCUGAAGUAAUUACUGAAGAGUUGAGAAUCUCUUUAAUGCAUUUUCUUAAUUCUUACAAUGGUGAUAAGUUACUUCAAUUAUAAAAUUGAAUUUUGCAGACUAAAUUAUUUUGUAAGGCUGUUGCUGUUGAAAGAUCAAUUUUGUCUUUACCUGCAUUUAAAAUGGAACAGUUUUUAGCAGCUGUGGGUUUUUUUUCCAUAUAUAUUUUUAAUUUGUUGGCUCUUAAAAUGAAUAAAGUUUAUAUGUGCUUCUGCCUCCUCUCCUAUAAGAAUAUGCAUACUAAUGUAUGUUUCUAUAAAUCAAAUACACAUGUGAAAAUAUGCAUGUAAAUAUAUAUUUACAUCUGUCCUCAUCA